ACACGCGCGCGUGAACUCUCUCUCUCUCUCUCUCUCUCUCUCUGUCUUUGUUUUGGUUUGGUUUUGGAAGGACUUUGACCUUCCCCUUGUGCUUGUUGGACUUGGUCGGGGUAAGAAAAAGAGAAGAAGACCCUCGCUGCUCUCCGAUGGCGAUCAGAGGAAUCUUUACGAUUUCAACGGUGGUGUUGUUUCUGCUGACGGUGAAUCACGGCGAAGCUAUAUGGCUGACGAUUCCGGCGACGGGAGGGACCAAGUGCGUCUCCGAGGAGAUACAGAGCAACGUCGUCGUGAUGGCUGAUUACUACGUCGUCGAUGAGCAGAACCCUGGAAACACACCUGCUGUUUCCGCUAAGGUAACAUCUCCUUAUGGGAACGAUCUUCAUCACCAAGACAAUGUAACGCAUGGUCAGUUUGCGUUCACAACUCAAGAGACAGGGAACUACUUGGCUUGUUUCUCGGUUGAUUCCAGUCAUCCGCUACCUAAUCCGUUGACCCUUGGGAUUGAUUGGAAGACUGGUAUCGCUGCCAAAGAUUGGGACUCUGUUGCUAAAAAGGAAAAGAUCGAGGGUGUUGAGCUUCAGUUAACGAGACUUGAGGGGUUAGUGCAAGCGAUUCGUGAGAACAUCGAUUAUAUAAAGAACAGGGAAGGGGAGAUGCGAGAAGUGAGUGAAGCAACCAACGCAAGAGUGGCUUGGUUCAGUAUAAUGUCACUUGGGGUUUGUCUUUCAGCAGCGGGUGCGCAGAUAUGGUACCUGAAGCGAUAUUUCCACAAGAAGAAACUCAUCUAAAGACUUUUGGCUUGGAAGGCUACUUUGCUAUAUUUUGUAACAUCACAGAUUCUCCCACCUUUGUAGAGUCAACUUGUUAGUUGUUACAAUCAAAGAACGCAUUUUCAUUUAUAUCUUCUGUGGAACAGGAUAUUGUGUUUUGAUUUAUCUCUGCUGGAGUAGAAUCUCUCUGACUUUCUCUA